CGAUAGCCUCUUCACCAUUCAGCAACAAAGCACCUUAGCACUUCGAGCUUUUCCAAAUCCAAUUUGUCAUCAAGAUGAAAAGUUUCUUUGCUCUCCUAGCCUUCUCUUCACUUCUUCUGUUGUCAAGCAUCGUCAUAGCAAGGAAAGAACCUGUUGAAUAUGUGAAGAUUGUUGUGGAGCAAGUAGCCAAAGAUCUUUCUAUUGAUCCAUCAUCCCGGUUUCCCAUAUACCAUGGUAACCAAAAUGGACAAUCUGUCGAUCCUUUGUCCCGGUUUCCCAUAUACCAUGAUAACCAAAAUGGACAAUCUGUCGAUCCAUCGUCCCGGUUUCCCAUAUACCAUGAUAACCAAAAUGGACAAUCUAUCGAUCCAUCCUCCCGGUUUCCCAUAUACCAGGUAUAGAUCCAUCCUCCCGGUUUCCCAUAUACCAUGGUAACCAAAAUGGACAAUCUAUUGAUCCAUCCUCCUGGUUUCCCAUAUACCAUGGUAACCAAAAUGGACAAUCUAUCGAUCCAUCGUCCCGGUUUCCCAUAUACCAUGGUAACCAAAAUGGACAAUCUAUCGAUCCAUUGUCCCGAUUUUCCAUAUACUAUGGUAACCAAAAUGGACAAUCUAUCGAUCCAUCAUCCCGGUUUCCCAUAUACCGAAAUGGAAAAUCUGUCGAUCCAUCGUCCUGGUGGCCCAUAUACCAAAAUGGACAAUCUGUCGAUCCAUUGUCUAAAUGGCCCAUAUACCAUGGUAACCAAAAUGGACAAUCUGUCGAUCCAUCGUCCAGGUGGCCCAUAUACCAUGGUAACCAAAAUGGUGACCAAAACUCUAAGGCCAACGAAGAAGGUGUUGCCAAAAGUGCUUCUACUGACCAAUAAAUUGUAGAAGCAGAUGAUGAGAAAAAUCAAACUUUAAAGGAAAAUCCUAUCAAGAGAUAUAAUAAAAAAUAACGGAUUGUAGUUUGAAGUUUGUGAAUGCCUUUAUAUGGCAAAUUGUAGAGGCUAUGACCUUGAAUGAUGUAUCUUCUAUGUUUGUACUAUUAUUCUUCUCGUUGUCUAUGUAUGCUAUUUCGUAGUUAAAUAAAUUUUUAUGGCUUGUUUCAUA